GUACAGUGAUGCCGAUCUGCGACGUGGCCCAGCCAUGUUGGAUACCGCGGAGCAGUGCGCAGUACGGCACGUGCUGGCACAGCAUGCGGCAGUCAGUGUGGCGGGUCGGCGCCGCGCGGGAGCUGCCGAGGUGCGCGCCUUCUCAACUGCGUAGGUGGAUGUGGCAGUGGAUGAGCAAGCAGGGCCCGAGGAGCGCGCUCGGCAGAGUGCGGCUCCAGAGGCGCUGCAGGCGAGCGGAGGCACAGCCCGAAGAGGAGGGAUCACCGCGCCUCGGCAUGUGA